AUGGAAGUCGAGGAUCAUGAUCAUGAUGCAUCCAGCUCUGAUGAGGAGGAUUCUGACACUUCCUCCGUCUCUGAAGAUGGUGAUAGCUCUGAAAUGGAUGAAGAGGACUGUGAGCGAAGGCGGAUGGAGUGCUUAGAUGAAAUGACAACUUUGGAGAAACAAUUUACAGAUCUCAAGGAUCAGUUGUAUCGAGAGAGAUUAAGCCAGGUAAAUGGCAAACUUUCAGAGGUACAAGCUGGAAAGGCAUCAGAAUACCUAGAGCCUCUCGCUGUGUUGCUUGAAAACAUGCAAGUCCGUACAAAAGUAGCAGGUAUCUACAAAGAGCUAUGUCUUGAAUCAGUGAAAAACAAAUAUGAAUGCGAGAUCCAAGCAGCAAGCCAGCACUGGGAGAGUGAGAAAAUGCUCCUGUUUGAUACUGUGCAAAAUGAGCUGGAAGAAAAAAUUAGACGACUUGAAGAAGACAGACAGAGCAUAGACAUCACAUCAGAACUUUGGAACGACGAAUUGUCUGGAAGGAAAAAGAGACUAGAUGCAUUGAGUCCAGACAAGAAGAGGAGGCGGCCUUCAGUGGUGUCGGGUCCAUAUAUAGUCUACAUGCUCCCCGAUUUGGACAUUCUGGAGGACUGGACGGCUAUCAGAAAGGCUGUGGCCACGCUCGGGCCCCACAGAGGAAAGACUGACCAUGACAGUUGUGUGUUUCCAUUAAGACAAGAAAGAAGCAGAUCUAUACUCAACUGCUGA